UUAUUUCGACCAAUCACAUUGCAGCAGCAGCCAAGUCAAAUUGAAUGCUGUUUUCCUUCAGACGCUCAGUAAGGGUUCAGAUCACUCUACUCGGCAACUUUAGAGGAGACAUCUCCUCGUGGCGAUCUACGAAUUGCUGAGACUGAAAACUAAACAAUCCUUUGACGCAAUGGACAACGUCACAGUUUCUAAACGAAACAAAUUUAAUAAAGUAAACAAGGAGAAUGCUCAGCCAGCCAAAGGAAGCAAGCCAAUUUUAAAACGAGAUAAGACAUCUGUUGUUCCAUUCCAUCUUAAAAGCAAUGAGAAAGAAGAGGGUGUGACAAAUAAUGUCCUUCUUAAAGCCAGAGGGAAACAGACAGACACACGGUCUGCAUCCAAUGAAGCUCAAAAAAAGAUAAAAACUCUGCAGAAACAAGAUGCUUCUUCUGAUGUCACGCAACAGCAAACACACAGGAAGGCAUUCAGAAGAGACCAGGCUGAGAAAAACAAAAAGAUCACGACAGAAGCUCCAGUAAAAGCCCCAACAGCUCUGCAAGCACCCAAGCCUGCUCCAGGCAUGUACAAAGGCAAGAUUGUCCAGUCAAAAAUUGGAUCUAUUUGGAGGUCGAGCACCAGUGUGGACAAGUUGGAUACUAAAACUGAGACGCAAAGAAAAAUGAGGUCAAAGUCUGUAGAUCUGCCACCCUGCAGAACGAGAACGACGGCACUCUCAAUGACAAAGGCUGCAUUAACAAGAACGGCACAGGAGUCCAACCGUGCUGUCACCAGCCGCCCUCCUGCUGUAUUGUGCUCCGCUAGGCCUCCUACCAGGACCAUGCAAGCAACACUAACCACUACCAGCUCCAGAAAUCGUCCUGUGACUUCCACUAAGCAAAGUGGUUCAUUCAAACCAAAGCCAAAGGUUCCAGUGACAGACAAAAAGGUCAACAAGCCUCCUGUCACAAGUUCCCUUAGUCAGUACAGAUGUAACAUGGAGACCAUUGAAGAAAGAAGAGCAAAGCUUGCAGAGUGGCUCGCUUCCAAGGGCAAGACACUGAAGAGACCGGCCAUGACUGCAGCACCAGCCACACACACCAGAGUCUCCAAACCUGGAGCUCAUCUAAGACCUCAGUCUUCUGCUGAGGCUGUGCAGUGUAAACCUGAACAUAGUGUUGAAGUCUGUGAGCCUGACAGGCCUGCUGAGUGUGCACAUAAACAGGGGGCAGAACAAGAAACGUGUGAUCCGACUGAAGUGUUUAUCAACACCACAGUGGAGCUGCUGGAAACCUCUGAGGAUGGGCCAGAUGACGAUCAGGAUAAUGUGGAUGAUAUUGUUGUAAACCUGUGUGAGGCUUUAGAGGCUAUGGAAACUCCGUCGACAAGCAGUGAUGAAGUGACAGCACUGACGGAGGAAAACAGUGGUGUAAAAGAAGAGGAAGGCAAACUAAAUGGUGAUGUUGUAAAAGAGAUGAGUGAAACAGAAAGUGAACCAGAGGUGAAAUCUGAUAAUGAUGAAGAUGAAAAAGAAUUAGAAAGUGAGGAGGAGUAUGAUGAUGAUGUGAUUAAGACCACACCAAAGAUGGAUGCGUCAGUGGUCAAAUACAGUGUAAGGACAACUCCAUACCUGCAGAGUGUCAAGAAGACCAUUGACGGUGAACUCAGCACGUCCAGGAGAAAGAGCAACAUCAAAGACCUGAAGUUUCUGACACCAGUGCGUCGGUCGACGCGCAUCCAGCGCAAAUCGUCCCGUUUGCCUGAGAUGCUAGUCGACCAUGAUACCUGUGUGUCAUCAUUGGCUGAGCUGGUGAAACUGGACGAUGAUCCCAAUGCCUAUAUUUACAGGAAAAAUCCUGCUCUUUUAGAGGAUCUGCCAGAUCAGCUCGGAGAAUAGACGGCUCCGUGUUAUUGUAAGAAAAAUUGCUUAUAUUCUUUAUUUGCAACUGAGUCACUUCAUUGGUUGAUUUUACUGAUGUGUAUUUCUUUGAAUUAUUUUAUUAAUAUCUGUUGACCGUUCUUAACAGAGAACUUGGAUCUUACGUAUUUUAUUGUUCAUAUCUCUACUAACAAUUCAAAUGUAAAGCUGACAUCCACUACAAUAAAAGAGUAUCUUAUAAUAAUAA